CCAUCGGGUUUUUGGUUUUCUACGAUCUUUUUGGUUGUUUCAGGAGUGGUUUUUGAUUUAAGAUUGACAAGUGUAGAAGAUACAGUGUCAGCGGUAUGUUGUACGCUAUCGGUUGUUUGUCUUGCUACUUCGUAUAUACCUUCGGUUGUUGAUUUAACUGUAUCGGCAAUAUAUUUACCCCAACUAGAUCCCCAAUCAGUCAAAGAAGGCCAAAUAGUAGUAGUAGAUUCAUCCUUCUUCUUAUUAGAAACUUUUUCAACUACUAUUUUCUCACAGGAUUCUAGAACUUCUUUUAUUAAUUUUUCAUCCUUGAUUUGAGUAUGCAACCAAGCGAGGGCUUUUUCAUUUGGAGUUGUCACUUUUGAUUGUUGUUUACCUAACACUUUAUUGCAAUAAGCAAUUGUUAUAAAUGUAUUCCAUACUUUGGUAUCAAAUUUUUUGACACGUUCAUCAGUGAUACGGAUGGAGGAUGAAAUAUUUUCAGUUGUAAUUACUCCAAGUUUU